AUGCCGUGCCGCUGUCAGCAGGGACCGUGGCGGGAAGGCCGGCUCGGCGAAUCUGACAGCAGCCGCGACGCUUUUGACGGCGCCGUCUACGAUGACGCUGCGCCGUUCAUUUCGCCGUCAGAACAUCCCCGCCGUUCCAGCGCGCCGCUCGGUUUUGGCGGGGUGCGCCACCUGCGCCAUCUGCGCCUGCUGCUGCUGGCGCUCGUGAUCGCCGCGGUGGACCUCCUCUUCCCCGCCUGCUCCUGGCGGAGCUUCCGCCUGUUGCGCGCAGGCGGCAGAGACUUUCCGCCCACGGGGAACGGGGAUGCCUUAGCCCCGCCCUCGCCGUUGACUCCGUUGAACGCGUCAUACGGCCACUCCCGCCUCUAUCUGCCACAAGCCGUGGCAGCAGCAGCAGGGGAUGGCGCCGCUGCAAUAGCAGCAGCAGCAGCAGCAGCAGCAGCAGCAGCAGCAGCAGCAGCAGCAGCAGCAGCAGUACCUGCAGGGAGUGGAGCCAUUGCGAGCACAGCAGCAGCAUCAACAGCACCAGGACCUCCUCUGCAGUGGACGCCCCAGGCGCACAAGUACAUUCUCAUGCACUGCGACAGCGGCCAGGUGCAUGCUCCCUGCCUGCUCCCCUCCCUGCUGCCCUCUGUGCUUCCUUGCCUGUUGGGCUAA